GCAUUGAUUAUUUUCUACAACAAUUGACAUUGACUAAAAUACUAACAUGCACCAUAUUUUAUACCAGUAAAUAUUGGUAAUAUUGCUUCCAUUUAAACGGAAAUAAAUAAAAAUGGUCUUUACUAUUCAUUAUAAAUAAGUUGGGAUAAUUACAUGAACAAUUUUCUAUUGGAUUGCCAAACAUAUUGUGGUGACAGGAUUGUAGAUCCAUACAUAUUGCACUGAUUGCAAGGAUAAGGAUGACAGGCGGAUCAACACUUUAUGCAUUAGCAAUAAUUCUGCUGACAUUUGUUGUCCAAACAUGGUGUCAGGAUUGUUUGCCAUGCUCUUGCUGCAAACAAGGAACGGAAUGCUCCAACGAAAACCAACUCGGGAUAUACAACUAUUGCUUGGGAGGAUGUAAGGAUAACUUCAUGCGUCCUCAGUGUCAGAAACCCUGUGUUAACCAACGUUGUCAGGUUUGUUCAAGAGAUGCUAUAUGUGAUAUAUGUCAUGCUGGGUAUUACGGCGAACAAUGUCAAAACCCGUGUCCUAGAACGUGUACAACAUGCAGCUCUAGUACAUUAUGUACAUCCUGUAAGAACGGGUACCACAGCGGACCGGGUACAAGUUGCUUAUAUUUAUGUAAUAAGGAGUGUUUAUCUUGCACCAACAACACAUUCUGUACCGCAUGUAAGGUCCGUGAUAAUGGCAUUGCAUACUAUGGAAGUGAUUGCUCAAUUAUAUGUAGUAAUUCGUGCAAAGACAAUUUAUGCGAUAUAGAUGGACACUGCCUUGAAUGUGCUUACCCUAACCUCCUUGGUGAUAGCUGUGACAAAUGUAUUAACGGCAAAUAUGGGAAUCUCUGUAACAAUAAUUGCCCCCAAAAUUGCUACAGUGGUUGCUUAAGUACGGGUAUAUGCGAAUCAUGUAAGGACGGGUUCUUUGGGCAUCAUUGCAAUAUGUCGUGUUCAGAAAAUUGCAAGUACGGCACUUGCUCUCAAGGUGGUUCCUGCUUUGAGGGCUGUAAGAAUGGUUUUAGUGGAUCUAGCUGUGAACAAAAGACUUGUCAUGUUGAUUGCAUUUGCGAUCAAAACAAUAGGUGCCUUGAAUGUAAAGAUCCUUAUUUUGGGCCUUCAUGUUCUCAUACCUGUAGGUAUUGUAAAGAUCGCCAGUGCCCAGAACAUCGUCUUACUGCAGAGAAAUGUGAUGCCUGUGAAGAAGGAACAUAUGGUUAUCUAUGUAAUGAAACUUGUCGGCAACAUUGUUUAGAUAAUAGAUGCAAACAAGAUGAUGGGUCAUGUCCAUGUAAAAAAGAGUACAAGUUUGAAGGUGGCAAAUGUGUGCCUAGUAAUUGUCCAGCUAAUUGCUCAACAUGUACUUCCCUAGAUAGCUGUGGCACGUGCGUUGAUAAAUAUUAUUACGGAGAAACAUGUGAAUAUAAAUGUUCUAAUUGCAAGGCAGUAACACACUGUGAUAAAAAAGACGGAUACUGUUUGCAUGCAUGUGCUGAUGGUCUCUCUGGAGUUUACUGUGAUAACCUUUGCUAUGAGGGAUGUGAAACAUGUCACCGUUUUAAUGCUUCUACAUGUAAAUCUUGUAAAUCUGGAAGAUAUGGCAAUAACGGAAGGUACUACACAUGCAAUAGAAUGUGCAAUGAUAACUGUAUGAACAAUUCUUGUGACUAUUGGAAUGGCCAAUGUGAUCGAGGUUGUGUGAACGGAUAUCGCGGUGAUUAUUGUAAUGCUACAUGCCCAGUACAUUGUUUGAAAGGAACAUGUGAACAGAACAGUGGUACAUGUGAACGUGGCUGUAAGAACGGAUAUUACGGCCUUAAGUGUGUGAAUCACUGCAUAAGCGUUGACUCGAACUGUCUAGUUUGUACUUCAAGUCAAGACACAUUCAGUUCUUGUGCACGAUGCACUAAUGGAUCAUAUCCAGGAACCAGCGGGAAGUGCGUUCCAUGUAAGCCGAAUUGUUCUGGAGGAUGUAACUCAUCCACGGGAGUAUGUUAUGCAUGUGUAGAUGGAUAUGGGGGAUCGUUAUGUAGCGUUCCAUGUGCAUCGUAUUGCAAUUCGUGCCUCGAUGAUAAUGGUGAAUGUAAUGAAUGCGAAGAGGGGUUUUGGGGUAAUUUAUGUUUAAACAAUUGUAGAACAAACUGUAAACAAGGAAAUGAUUCAAUGUCCAGAUGUGAUAUUGCUUAUAGGAAAUGCAAACACGGAUGUGUAUCUGGAACUUUUGGCUCAUAUUGUGAUCGUUUCUGUGACAAGCAUUGCCUCGCCUCUGAGGGUGGGGCUCUUGAGUGCAUACAAAAGGAUGGCCAGUGCACACUGGGAUGUGAGAAUGGGUACAUACAAACAGACGCAGGAUGUAUUGAUGCAUCCGUCACGAUCCCAAUCAACAAAGAUGAUAGCACCAGUGUUGGAACGUCUUGGGCAGUUAUAGGUGCUGCUUGUGGAGUUGUCGCCAUUCUUUCACUUGUUCUUGUCAUAGCCUUAGUCAUAAGAAGAAGAAAGGAUUGUUACGACGGACCAAACAAAGACGAAUAUGAAGCAGCCCAUCAAGACAAUAUGGUGAUUCCAAGAACAUCAACAGGGCAAUCCAAACCACAACAAUUAAGGAAAUCAGCGAUAAAAUCAGAACAUGUUGCGAUGGACGUCCUUAUCAAAACUUCUGCCAAUAAUGCGCUCCAAAAGGUGGCACAAGACAGAGACACCGGUGAUGUGAACUACUGUGUGAAUAAGGUUACUGUUAAAGAUCUUGGAGCUCUUGUAGCCUUAAAGGACAGGUCAUAUUACAUUGAAGAGUUUCAGAAACUUCCUGAAGGUAUGCUAAAAACAUAUCAAGAUGCAAUGAGGCCAGAAAAUCGUUUCAGAAAUAGAUAUCAAGACAUCUAUCCAUAUGAUGACACUAGAGUAAAACUGACGGCUGGGGAUACGGAUUUUAUCAACGCCAGUUUUGUAGACGGAUACAGGCAAGAAAAUGCAUAUAUUGCCUCUCAAGGUCCAACACAUAAGACAAUGCAGGACUAUUCCGUGUUCUGGCGGAUGGUUUGGCAGAAUAAAGUGGGCAAUAUCAUCAUGCUCACCAAUUUAGUGGAAGAAAUGAAACCGAAAUGCGACCAAUACUGGCCGGGCCAUGAACUCACCAAUCAUUACAGCGAGAUAAACGUGACGUGUUUAACUGAGGACAUGUACGCCGACUUCGUGACGAGAACGUUUUCAGUCAAAAUGGAUAAAGAGGUAAGGACUGUCCACCAUCUUCAUUUCACCAGCUGGCCGGACAAAGGGGUUCCCGAUGAUGUAACCUCCCUGGUCGAUUUCCGUCACAGGGUUUUACAAACAAAAUCGUCACUUGGUGGACCUACAAUCGUUCACUGCAGUGCUGGCAUUGGAAGGACGGGGACGUACAUAGCGAUGGACGUGUUGACGAGAGAGGGUGAAGCGGAAGGAUCCGUUGACAUACAUGGUUGUGUCACAAAUCUCAGACAUCAUCGUACGCAUAUGGUUCAAACGGCUGACCAAUAUGCUUUUCUGCACCAUGCAAUUGUGCACACGUUGACGUUAGACUGUACUCCUGUUGCAACUGAGGUGUUUGCAGCCUACAUGUCGGACUCGAAGAACAAACAGAGGCUAAUCAAACAGUUCACGCAACUGGAAGUUAUCUCUGAAAGAUCGGAACAUGAGAGACAAUCAUCUGAGAGGAACGUUUCCUUAACGAAUUGCAACAGGAAGGGCGCUGACAUUCCAGGUGAAUUGUACAGACCCAGACUGUAUUUAGGUAAAGAACCCGGACAGGAUUAUAUCAACGCCAUGUUUGUUAGUAGCUACAAACAAAGACAUAAUUUUGUUCUGGCGAUGACUCCACUAGAAGAGACUGUGGCUGACUUUCUUUGUCUAACGAUGCAAGAAACAGCAACAUGUAUCGUUGAUAUGGAGACAGAUAGUUCCUUGUACAUUCCCACGUUGAGCACACAGGCAAAGUUUGGUUCAUUCACCGUAGACAAUCUGCAACAGACCUCAUCAAUGUGCAGUGUCAACCGUGUGCUUAGAUUAAGCUACAACGGCCGGGGAGGACCUAAGGAACACACGGUUUCACACUUCGGACUAAUUGGAUGGCCAGACAAUGCGGAUGUUCCCGAGUCCACCACACACUUCUUGCGUUUUGUUAAGGCAGUAAAAACAAGCGCAGCAUCUGGAUCUGUCAUUGCACAUUGCAAGACUGGUGGCGGACGUUGCGGCCUAUUUGCGACUGUUUGGACGCUUCUGGAGAAAACCGACAUAGAGCACGAGGUUUCGGUGUUUAACACAGUUCGUCAGCUGCGGACGAGACAGCCAAAUGCCGUAAGGACUAGAGAGCAGUACGCAUUCUGUCACGAGUGUGUCAUCGAGUAUCUGCAAUCAUUCGACAGCCACUCUAACUUCUCGUAACAGUUCAAUAUGUGUCAAUCGGAACUACACGGCAAUUUUCCAUCAAAAACAACCUCGGGUGUAUAUGGACAGUUUACAAUGUCAGAAUUCUUUACAUUUCACUACGCUGCAUAUAGUUCGCGUAGUAAUUUCAAUUAAGCAGUUAAACCUACGGACCAUACUUUUAGGAAUAUUUAUUAUGUAUGCAAUAAAACAAUUCAGUGGGAAUCACUUUGAACUUAGUAAUACAUUCGUAAGUUGUUUCGAUGGAAAAUGGCCAAGGAGGUCCGAACGGAUAUGUCAAUAAAUUUUAGUAAAUGUUCGUAAAACGUACAAUUUGACUGACUGUACAUGUGCUCUUGUAUAUAUACAUACAUGUGCUUUGGUGACACAACUUGUGCUCUUGUAUACAUACAUGUGCUUUGGUGACACAACUUGUGCUCUUGUAUAUAUACAUACAUGUGCUUUAGUGACACAACUUGUGCUCUUGUAUAUAUACAUACAUGUGUUUUGGUGACACAACUUGUGCUCUUGUAUAUAUACAUACAUGUGCUUUGGUGACACAACUUGUGCUCUUGUAUAUAUACAUACAUGUGUUUUCGUGACACAACUUGUGCUCUUGUAUAUAUACAUACAUGUGCUUUGGUGACACAACUUGUGCUCUUGUAUAUAUACAUACAUGUGUUUUAAUGACACAACUUGUGCUCUUGUAUAUAUACAUACAUGUGUUUUAAUGACACAACUUGUGCUCUUUUAAAUAUACAAACAUGUGCUUUAGUGACACAACUUGUGCUCUUGUAUAUAUACAUACAUGUGUUUUAAUGACACAACUUGUGCUCUUUUAAAUAUACAAACAUGUGCUUUAGUGACACAACUUGUGCUCUUUUUUCGAGUGUGUGCAUGUAAAUAUUUGCAAUUAUAAUGAAUAACUACAUAUGUCUAGAUAACACCAUAAUUAUGUGCCCUUGUCACGAUUGUGUUUUGUCUGCAAACAUUCGGUGCUUUCUUACACUUUUGUUAAAGUAACACAAAAUAUAUCCUUGUACGAUUGCUGUAUAGUUGAUUGAUGUUAUUUCAUUUAAUGUGUAUAUUAAUAGUGUAAAGAGUGCCUAAAAUUAAAUUGAUAGUUGGUUUUGUCAUACACAGUGUAUAUAGGCAAAAAAAAUUGUGUCGAUCGUUUAUUACCGUACGGGUGUAUCUGAACGAAAGUUUCAUAGACAUAUGUCAUAUUAAGUGUGUCAGACAGCCCUUGAAACCCUUGUAAGGUUCUAACUAGAAUUUGCGUUUGCAAUAAAGUACAAGA